UUGUGUUACGGCACACUAGUACGCUAGCUGAUAAGCAGAGCAGCUAAUACACGCACUGAGCACUAGAUGGCGCCACUCUCGGAAUAUCACGUCAUGAACAGCCAAUCAGAGCCAGCCUUCAUCACGACAUAUUCACGGGGACCAAUAAGAAGACGCCAACACGAUGUCCGCCUGCCUACGUCAUUGAAGAAGCCUGUAGAUCCUCACACGCGCAACUAACACUCACACAUUCGAAUUCGCCUCUCACCUAACUGCCACUGUAUAUUUAAAAUAUUGUAAAUAAUUAAUAAAAUCAAAGUCUACACGCAAGAAAGUUGUCGCCUACAUCAUUUCCACAACCACCAACUGGAGAGCCUAUGACCGCAGCCCUAAGCCCCAACAUCUGGACCUUCUACGCCGAACACCUGCUGGAACCAGCUCCUUGGACGGUGAAGACGCACUCGUGGAAGAUCGGCUUCAACACUCAGCAGCAGGCAGCAUCACGCAUCAUCUGUGCCAUAAAAUUGCCUCAUCAUCUGCUUACCACCUGUCGCUUGUGCUUGUGCCUGUGCUACCUACACAUCAGCUACGACCUGCUAAAAGCUGUAAGUACUCCACAUUUUCACUCGCACCAUGAUGACUAGCACUAGGGACACGUCACCAAAGAUAGAUGAGCUAAUUAAAGUCCUUAACAAGAAAAGAGGAUCUAUUAAAGGUAGAUUAACGAACUUUUCUAAAUAUGUAGAUAAGUUUGCUGAUAAAACGUUAUCAGAAAGUCAGCGCGCAGAAUUAAAGUUACGCAUGCAAGGCGCAUUAAAUUUAUAUGCCGAGUUUAACGAAAUUCAAAACAAAAUUGAAGAAAAUAUUUCUGAUAGCGAACUAUCUAGUCAGAUUGAAAGCCGGGAAACCUUCGAAAUGGAUUAUUAUAGUGUCCUUGCUAAGGCUCAAUGCAUGACCAACGAUGAUAGGUCUGCAGGGAGCUCAAAAUCAUCUAAUUUUGAAUGCGCAUCAGUUCAAUUGCCUACAAUAAAUCUACCUACCUUUGAUGGUUCAUAUGAGCACUGGUUAGAGUUUCGUGACACGUUUACAUCCCUAGUUCAUAACAACAGCAAAGUAGAUAAUUUCGGUAAACUUCAUUAUCUGAAAAGAUCAUUAAUAGGUGACGCAAAAUCCGUGAUCGAUUCUAUCGAAAUUUCAUCUGCCAACUACUCCAUCGCAUGGGAGUUGUUAUUGAAUAGGUACAACAAUAGCAGGUUAUUAGUGCACACACAUGUAAAAUCAUUGUUUUCCCUGCAAUCUUUAUCAAAAGAAUCACCUGACCACAUUAGAAAGUUCAUUGAUACCAUUCUAAAAAACAUACGUUCCUUGAAAAUGCUCGGUGAACCCGUCGAGCAUUGGGACACACUCAUUGUUUACAUGGCCGUGUCCAAAUUAGAUCAAAUAACAGAACGUGAGUGGGAACAAUACAAAAGUAGAUUGUUAUCAAUGUGCAAUGAUUCUAGUUCGUCAAUAAAGAUAACCGAUUUAAUUAACUUUCUUAGGGACAGGGCGGAUAUGUUGGAGACAAUAAAUUUAAAUCACAAUAAACCUACAACCAGUUUCUACACGUCACGCGAACAUAAUAAAAAACCUAACAAUAAUCAAAAUUCGCCUAAAAUUCACUGCAACGUCAUCACCGGAAAAACAAAGAAUAAAUCACCGCAUAAUCACAACAGUUUCAAUCGCAACAAACCAUGUCCCAAGUGCAACGGUAAGCACUCGUUAUAUUCGUGUGAAUCAUUUCUGAAUUGCAAUAUUCAGGAUAGACUAAAGUUUAUUCAGGAGAAUAAGUUGUGUGAAAACUGUCUUCGGUCAGGACACGCUAGCACUGAAUGUAGGUACGUCGUUGACCUUGAUUGCGACGGGGGACAAAGGGAGCUCAGCUGA